AUGUCACAACAUCAAGAUACUUCUGCUUCAAAAAAUACUAAGUCUACUCAAAAGGUUAGCGCUCCUCCCAUGGACAUUCCCGAUGAUGAGAUUCUAGAUGUUGUUCCUCUCUCUGUUAUUCCCUGCGAGGCCAUUGAUUUGAACCAACCCAUGGAUGCCUCAGCUUCUGCAUGCCUCAAUCAAGGUAACAUUUCUAGUAUCCCUUCUGGCUCAACUCCCGCCACUAAUUCUAAGGAAGAUAUACACCACACUGAUCGUGUUAUAAGAAACUUAGUCACUGGAAUCCUUAAUGAAGGACAUUCUGUGAAAGGAGUCUCUACUUCCCUGUCUAAAAUGUACCCCUCUCCUGAGGUUGAACAACAUAGUGAGAAGGAUGACAAUUCCUCCAGUUCUGAAAAGGACAUGGCUGCUGAAGGGUUGUGCUCUCUAGGGCAAACUGUGUCUGAUAAAAGAAAAUUUGUGGCAUCUAAAACUGUCAAUGCUUCCCACUCUGAGAAGCAUGAUGAUGCAAAUGUGGUGAUUGAUCUAGAGGAUGGUAGCUCUGGUGAUCAAGAGGAACGUUUACUUCAUCACCUAAAGCCAAGUGUGGCUAAACGCAUGAAGACUCGAAAAGGAAGAUCUGUGGCUGAACUUAUGUCAGCUAGAAAAACUAAGAAGACUGCUGGUAUUGGUCCCUCUAAAUCUUGGAGCAAGGUUGAAGUAAAGAAGAGGAAUGUCAGAGAAGAUUCUGAGUCUGAAGAGGAUGUUGAGGAAGAUGUCCUUGACAUCUCGCCUGUGAAGAAAACCACUGCUAGGAAAUCUCCUGUUAAAGUUCCUGUUUUUCAUUUGGAUAACAUCUCUUUCCAUCUUAAGGAUGGAGCUGCCAAGUGGAAAUUUGUGAUUCAAAGAAGGGUGGCUGUGGAAAGGGAGUUGGGAAAAGAUGUUGCUGAUGUCAAGGAGGUCAUGGACCUGAUAAAGGUUGCUGGGUUGUUGAAGAUUGUGGCUGGGUUCUCUCAAUGCUAUGAGGGAAGAAAAAUUAGGGGUGCAGGUGAAUUGGAAGUUACAGACAAUGAAGUCUGUAGAGAGAUUACAGCUAGGCAGGUGAAAGGUUGGCCUAUUAAAAAACAUCUUCCUGCUAGGAAGUUGACUGUCAAGUAUGCUAUAUUGCAUAAAAUAGGAGCUGCAAAUUGGGUCCCUACCAACCAUAUUUCAACCAUUGCUAAUACCCUUGGAAGGUUUAUUUUUGUUGUUGGAACCAAAGUGAAUUUUGACUAUGCCUCAAAAGUUGGAACAAUUGCUGAGCUUAAGGAGACUUGCAAAGAGCUAGGUGAAGGGAUAAGGGUAGCAACAACUAGGAAACAAUCGUUGGAAGCCUUGAUUGCAAGCUUGGAGCAGGAUGAAGGUGAAAAUAUUGAACAUGCUAAGGAAGCUGAAGCCCACACCUCUAGUGAGAGGUAUGCAAACAAUGAUGAGACAAGUGACAAUUCUGUUUCUGAUGCUGAUGAAGCUGCAAGCUCAAGCUCUAUUGAUUAG